UGAUCACCGCCAUUUUGGUUAUAAUUUGGCGAAAAUAUGUCCAUAGAAGCUCAUCCUGUAACCCAUAUACAGGUUGAAAAUGUAUCUGAUUAUGCCCAAUAUAUCACCCAUGCAACGCCAGUCCAUGUUAUGACAGAUGGCGUCCCAGAGGGCGCCACCAUGACUUUCAUCGAGCACACAGUGCUCGAUGCCAACCAGGUCUUGGAGCCACACCAAACCAUCGAGGUGUACCAAGCCAUUCAGCAGGGUGUCCUAGAGCAGGUUGUGUUGGAACAGCCAAUCAUAGCACAGAUAUCAAAUGGUGCAGCUGAUGUCCAAUCAGAUAUCAAGCCGCCUGUUGGCAAGGGCCCAUUCAACUGUGAACUAUGCGACAAGAUCUUCAAGAAAUGGAACCAGCUGCAGCGUCACAUGAAAUCCCACGAUGAGGAUAAACCAUUUCGAUGUCUACAGUGUCCUGUGUCUUUCAACAUGGAGGACAACCUCAUCCUCCACCAGGCCACCCACGUCGCGGAGAACGGUGUCCCCACAUGUCCGGAGUGCAACAAGAAGUUCUCACGGGUUGCCAGUCUCAAAGCUCACAUCAUGAUGCACGAGAAAGAGGAGAACCUGAUGUGCCCAGAGUGUGGAGACGAGUUUAGUGUACAGAGUCAGCUGGAUCGACACAUGCAGGAACAUCGAGAGGAGCACGAGGGAGCAAGACGGCACGCCUGUCGGCAAUGUAACCAAGACUUCUCCAAACUGUCCCUCCUCAGGGAACACAUGAAACAGCAUUACAAAAUCAAGGCAUCUCUGUCUCAUCGGACAUACAAGAGGAACAUUGAUCGCUCUUCCUUCCAUCAUAAAUGCAAACACUGCACCAAGACAUUUCAGAAGCCCAGUCAGCUGCUGAGACAUGAGAGAAUACACACAGGUGAGCGUCCAUUCAAGUGUAAGAUCUGCAAUAAGGCUUUCAACCAGAAAGGCGCACUACAGAUCCACACCAGCAAACACACUGGAGAGAAACCUCACAUGUGUGAGUUCUGUCCCAUGACAUUUGCUCAGAAAGGAAAUCUGAGAGAGCAUAUACAGCGUGUGCACAAUAUUGCCAAAGACGGAAGUCGACCAGCAUUUGAGUGUGAAGAGUGUAGCUGUGUUUUCAAGAAACUGGGGAGUCUCAAUGCCCACAUCAGCAGGGCACACUCUGACACAUCGGACUUGCCAACUCAGGUAGAGGUGAGACGAGUUGGCGUGGAGGAAGCCAAGAGUCUCAAUGAAACUGUUAUACAACAACUCCUGGAGCUGUCGGACCAGGCCGCUGUCAUGGACGGCACCGAUGACGAGCAGGUCCAGGACCAGGACAUACGUCAGAAGCAGGUGCUUGACCAGGACCAG